CCGGAGCCCAACCGCCCGGCCUGAAGUAAACACGUGUUGGGGCUUCUUUCGUCUGUCUGGACACGCACUUCCUUAAUUUUCUUGUGAAUUAUCUGUGAAGCGCCGUCCAGAAGGCGGUAUAUAACGCCACCAUGGGAGGCCAAGUUAAGGUCAAGAAGGGGAUGAAAGGAGAGGCGUACAAGUAUGUCACAAGAACGUAUGCUAUGAAGAAAUUGCAGUUGAACCCUGCUGAUUUCCGCCGCCUCUGUAUAUUGAAGGGUGUGUACCCACAGGAACCUAAGAACAGGGUAAAAGCACAGCGUGGAAAACAUGGAAUCAAGCUCUUAUAUUUGAGGAAGGAUAUCAGGUUCCUCCUGCACGAGCCUAUUAUAUGGAAGUUCCGAGACAGAAAGAUCAAAAGGAGGAGGUUGCUCCACGCUGAAAGGAAGGAUGACCGGGAUAAAAGGAGGAGUGUGCGGCAGUUUGAGAUCGACCCCAACUUGGAUCACAUAAUCCUGGAGCGAUAUCCAACCUUCGUUGACGCUGUUCGUGACCUGGAUGACCCUCUCACAACAUGCUUCCUCUUUGCCAAGUUGUGUAAAUCGCUGAGGAGAAAACAAUCCCUGGUUCACAUGUCCAACAUGCUGACCGUAGAGUUCAUGCAUUAUGUGAUUGCUGCUCGUUGUUUGAAGAAGGUUUUCAUCUCGGUCAAAGGCUACUACUACCAAGCUGACAUUAUGGGGCAGACAGUGACCUGGAUUGUGCCACAUCCUCUUGCUUUGCUGAAACCACGUGGUGUGAAUCUUAAGAUUAUGAGGACCUUCUUGGAGUUCUACAUUGUGUUGUUGGGAUUCGUUAACUAUCGGCUGUACCAGUCACUGAAUUUGCAAUACCCCCCAAGGAUCAUAAUGGAAUCUGGAGAAGGGAAAUCAUCAACAGAAAUUGGUGAUUUGAUCAGCACACUAAACAGACCUCUUGUUAAGACUAAGGAGAUGCAGGAAGAUGAAGUACAGAUUGAUGAACAUCUCAUGCAGGAAGACGAUACUGAUGAGACAAUAUUGGAAGUCAAGAGAGAGAGAGAUAUGGAUGCCAGGCAGAGCAAGCUGUUCGAAGGGCUGAAGUUCUUCUUAGGACGCGAGACCAACCUGGAGUCUCUUACCUUUGUCAUCAAAGCAUGUGGUGGUAUGGUCUCUUGGGAUAAAACUUUUAAUUGUGGUUCAACUUACCAAGAGGAUGAUCAGAUUGUCACCCAUCAGAUUGUAGAUCGACCAAAAGUUAACAAGAAACACUUGUCUAGGUACUACAUUCAGCCACAGUGGGUCUAUGACAGCAUCAAUGCCAGGACACUCCUCCCAGUUCAGGACUAUUUCCCAGGUGCAUCACUCCCUGCUCACGUCUCACCCUUCGACACAGGUGAAGACAGGUACAUUCCACCUGAGAAACAGAGGCUUAAUGCACUUCGAAGUGGGAAACCAAUUCAAGAUGCAAGCAACUUUGUAAGAUCUGCAGAAGAAGAAGAACUUGAUAGGUUUGAUGAUGUUGAGUCAGGUGAUGAAGAUCCUAUUGAACAGUAUAAGGAUUAUGAUGAGAGUGAUUAUUACAAGGAACUUGAUGAUGAUUAUGAAGAAGACGAGGAUGACGAGAAAGGAAAUGAUGAUAUGGACGGAGAAAAGAAAGAGGAUGAAGAUGAAGAGUUUGAGAUACCUAUGGCUGUACAAAGAGGAAAUCUGUUCAAGAAGGAAACUACUAAAGAGCAAGAUCAGCUAGCAGAGUUAAAUCUACGCAAGCUGCGCUUCAAGACAAAAGAAAAGCGCUUCUAUGAGAAACUAAAACGUAAAGAGAAGCAGGCAGAGGCAGCAAGAGAACGCCUAGCAUACUCAAGGAUCCUUAUGGAGAAGGAAAUAGCACAGAAGGAAGCAACUACAAGAGAAGGAAAGGAAAAGAAUUUCAUUAAUGAAUUAGUUGGUGAAGAGAUAAAGCAGAAAAAGGAAAAGCUUGCCAAGCGGAAAAAGGAAAGGAUGGACGGUAAGGCCAAACUUAAGAAAAUGGAGAGAAGGCAGAUAAAAGCAGAAGAAAGGAAAAAGAAGCAAAAGACAUAGUUUAUACGAUAAAGAAACUACAGGAAAGUCUUGUAAAGUAGAAAAAGAAAUGAAGAGACAGUGAGACUAUUAUCAAUAUCAGUGCCAGAAUUGCCAAAUGGAAGAGCAAAGGGCAGAGGAGGGUAGAAAACCUCCAGGGCCUUGGAGUGUGUUAGCCAAUUAGGGUUUAUUGUUGUUCUGGAAACUACAAGUAAUUAAAAUGUGGAAAUAUUAAUGUUUUAUCUUUAUGUUAAGGUAUUGUAGGUAUCCUAAAGGUGUUUGUCUUUUU